GGCUAUGGCCAUGUAUCUGGAGGCAGAUCGAUCGUGUUUUCUGUGUGUCUAGUCUCAGCCAAGACUGGAGAGAUCCACUUUUUCUCAGAGGAAAAAUGCGGGGUAAGUGGACGAAAGGAGCGGCAAGGAAAAGUAAUAGUCGUCUUCUGGAAUUGCACUUUAAAUAUCAAUCUCUCCCGUAGCAAGAACAACUGAGAUAUUUGAAGCCAUUGUGCGCCUAUUGUGUCCUCUUCAGCGAUUAUCAAGCCUCUGCUAGAAUUGCGAAAGUCCGAUCUAGUGAGGGUUCUCAUUUAAAAAAGCUAGGCUCCGCAAAUGUCUCACCGUGAUGAGUCGGUCAGAUCCGACCUGCAACUGGAGAGUGCGCGACACAGCAUGGAGGAAGAUGUGUCAAAAAAGCCUCCCCCACAGAAUGACAGCCCAGGGGAUCCGUUUGGGGAGGAGGUCGAAGGGCAAAUGCAGUACAAGACAUUAAGUUGGUGGCAAUGUGGGAUGCUCAUGAUCGCCGAAACCGUGUCCCUGGGGAUCCUAUCGCUCCCCGCAGCCGUUGCAGCUCUGGGGAUUGUUCCAUCAAUCAUCGCCCUGCUCGGGCUAGGAGGCAUGGCAACAUACACAGGCUAUGUGAUCGGACAGUUCAGAUGGCGAUAUCCGCAUGUGCACAGCAUGGCCGACGCAGGGGAGGUGCUGUGGGGCUCGUUUGGCCGUGAGCUGCUAGGAGGGGGCCUCAUCCUCCUCCUCAUCUUCGUGAUGGGCAGCCAUCUACUGACCUUCUCCGUGGCGAUGAGCACAAUGACGGAGCAUGCGACCUGCUCCAUUGCCUUCAGCAUCGUGGGCUUUGCCAUCUCGCUACUCUGUACUCUACCGCGCACCAUGCGAGGAAUGACCCUCAUGGCUAUCAUCUGUUUCAUAAGCAUCCUCUCCGCCAUCUUCGUCGUAACCAUCGACCUCGGCAUCAUCAACAAGGACCACUACCACGCCACCGCAGUCCACCGCACCGACCUCAACGAAGGCUUCCUAGCCAUCACCAACAUGGUCUUUGCAUUCGCCGCCCACGCCGCCUUCUUCAGCUUCAUCUCCGAACUCAAAAACCCAAAAGACUACCCAAAAGCCCUCUACCUCCUCCAAACCAUCGACACAACCCUCUACAUCCUCGUCGCCGUGCUCAUCUACUACUUCGCCGGGCCGACCGUCGUCUCCCCGGCAUUGGGAUCUGCCUCGCCAGUGGUCCGCAAAGUCGCAUACGGAGUCGCCUUACCGACUAUUAUCAUCUCCGGCGUCGUCAACGGCCACAUCGCCUGCAAAUACAUCUACAUCCGGCUCUUUCGCGGCACGGACCGGGUGCACGCGACCGACUGGACGAGCUACGCGCUGUGGGCGGGGAUCGCGCUGGGCGUGUGGGCGCUGGCCUGGGUCAUCGCCGAGGCGAUUCCGAGCUUUAGCAAUAUCUUGAGUUUGGUGGCUUCGUUGUUUGCGACGUGGUUUACUUACGGACUUCCGGGGAUUUUUUGGCUGUAUCUGAAUCGGGGGCUGUGGUUCAGCAGCCUCAGGAAGUUUGCCUUGACGGUGGUGAAUGGGUUUAUGUUUUGCGCCGGGGCGAUUAUUUGUGGACUGGGGCUCUACGUUUCUGGGAAAGCAAUCCAUGAGACGUCUGCGCAGGCCUCGUUCUCUUGUGCUAGUUCUUGAGGGUCACAAAUAGAGGGUUCCUUAGUUUGUUGGUGUAGAGGUACGGGAUUGGAUAGAGGGCAAGCACAUGCAGAAGUCAAUAAGGUUUUGGGAUAAAGGGAAGA